AUGACGCUCGCCUGUCGAAACACUCAAGAAGUCCUUCACAAUGGCAGCAAAGCUGUCCUUCGCAUUUGCAUCAACAAUACAAUAAACCCACCCUACCAGUCUGCCCGCAACCCUGAAGAGGAACCCGUUAUUCCAGACGCCGCCGUAUUUGACCAAGACAAUGCGUCGCUUCCACCAGCCCACGCUGAACGACUCCCAACCGUCGCUGAGUGCGCCAUUCAUCUCGAGCUUCUCGAGACGCUCUUUCAUCUGCGCCAACAAAUUCUUCAAUCUGGGGAUAUCGACAAAACGAUGGGCACAACUCCAAAUCGCCAAACAAAGACAGGGUACAACGGUGACACCAAGACGUUUAAAGAUGACACUCUUGAGUCACGCAGGCAAACCAAGUGGCCAAAAUUUAUCGAGUUUGCCGUCGUUAGGUUUCUGGAUUGGCGUGCUCGGCUAGCCAAGGAGGGUGAUAAGGGUGAUGCGUUUACACUCCCACCGCUCGACGUCAUUAUGGUGUGGCACACGUUCCUACUGAACCCGCUGUUGUUCAACAAGCACUGCCGCACCGAGAAGCUUUACGAGCUUCCAUUGCCGUGGCAAGCCAUCCACAAGUGCAUCAACAACGGGGACUGGUCUUUUGCCCCCCAGGCAGAAGCUGGUGCUGAUUCCCUCAGCUUGUUUGAACUCUUUUCCACCUGGGACUCGUAUCUGGCAGACCGAAGAAGCGAUGUCAAGUCCAAACUCAGCCUUGCGUCGAUAGGGACAGACUUGUUCGACACGACCCAGACAGACUCAGCCUCCAACUUCCCUUCAAUUUUGAGCUCUCUAACGUCGUCAUCGACCAGAACUCGAAAGCCACAACUUAUAACGAGGGAGGAUCUGAAGACCCUACCAGCAACAAACCCAGUCCGCGCCCACGUUGAGAUGUUCCUCUCCGUUGAUGCCAACCUCGCUCGAGAGCUCAAGGCUGCAGUAUUGCGCCAGAACUCCUUUAUCGACAAAAUGCACUCUCACCUAUGGAUACGCAGCCCCUCUCUUCAGGACACACUCGCUCGAUCACUCUCACGCUACUCACAAUUCCUGCUUUUGAUGAGGCGAAACCGUGGAAAGAUGAUGGUUCCCACGCUUGACAUUGAUUUAGCAUGGCACACACAUCAAUGUGCGGCAUCCGGAUAUGUCCAAGAGACCAAGAAGAGAGUGGGGAGGUUCGUCAACCACGAUGACAGUAUUGGGAAAGGGGACUUGGACACGGGGUCCGGAGAGACUAGACGGCUGUGGCGGCUCCAAUUUGGCGGCGAGUAUCAUAUUUGUGGUUGUUGGGAUUGUGAGAUGCUGACAAGUGAGAUCGAGAAGGAGUUCAAGUACCGUGGUGGAGCCGAUGACGAGGAUGAAACAUAUCAAAUUGACAUGCAGGCAGUGGCAGAGAGAGUUGACAACAAGGUAAGGUUUUAUCGUGCGGUUGAGGCAGCUAGGAGGAAGGGUCAUGCACUUCCGGUCUCGAGGUCACAAAAACCCGAAAGAGUGUUAUAG